AUGUCUGGGUCAUCGUCGAAAACGAAGAUGUCAAGUGUCCGAAGUCAGAUCCAGUUACCGCCGGGGCUUCUCGACGAACAUCAGACCUUCCAGUUCGAGCUUUAUCAUCCCCGGUGGAAAUGUCUCGAAACUCUAAUGCUGUGCUCACCAGGCAGUCUUGGAGUGAUUGAGCACGAGUUGUUCAUUCGCGUCCUCCAUUCCCUACCGGCUUUACGGAGCUUGUGCAUUUCCUCCUUGGACGCAGAUGAUUUUCACGACGUGACACUUCUUUCGCUGCCGCCGUGGGUCAGUACGCUGCGGCUGGAGGAAUGUCAGGGGAUCACGGACGCAGGGUUGAUGCAAUGGGCAGCGAGCCCCAACGCAGUGCAGAUUGAACGGCUGAGUCUGCUCUAUCAGAAUAUCACGAGCUUACGGACACCGUCCAAAAUCUCUGCCAGCUUGGGUCGGCUAUGGAAGUUUAUGAUCCUGCAGGCCGAUGUCGUGCCUUGGUCGCCCAAGGAGGUGGGAUUGGUCCUGUUCCAACCUGUUCUUGCCUGGAAAUCUUUAAGGUUCCUCCAUUGGGACAUUCUGUGCCAGUCGCCAGAAGGUUCCAACUGCACCCAUUGUCUCCAUGAAGCCCGGCAGCAAAUGCCGAACACGCAUCUUGCACUGUCAAUCUCCCACAAUGGGUUCCCUUCAUUGAGGCAUUUGCGUGCCCCUCGAGAUGUCUCUCCGCCUGGCGUUCUACAGUCUGUUUGCCAGCCCAUGGAAGAGGAUAACGUUCUUCCAGGCAAUGGCCUUCUGUAUCAACCGCAGGACUUGGCUAGAUCGAAUCGCUUACUGGUAACUCGUCUGCGUGCUCAGAGCAUUGCUCACCAGAUCGCUGCGGAGGGAAUGAAUUCAGUUCUUCCACGUGCCCUUCGACAUUCAGCGGUAACAGGUUGGAGCGCCGGGCUUGAUCCAGAACAAAAGUCCAAUGGCGAAAUGCCAAUGCCUGCCUUCAAUUUAUGGGAGCCAGUUGCCUCCUAUGGCCCCAGGGGAAGCAGGGACACACCCCCUACAGAUCUGCCCAUUUCUCCCAAUACUUGCCCCUUCUCGCCACCAGCUCCGGAUGAUGGCAUCAUCUCCCCAAUUACUACAGAACGGGAAGAAAGGUAUUGGUUUGGCGGAGGCCCAGACAAGGAAGCGACAGGAGGGCCACAGCGAACGAAUGCAUCCCUCAAGGAAAUGGCACACCGGGAGUCUAUCUGUUGGGCUACUCCAGGUCCGAAUCGAAGGGGAAGGAGCAUGUGCGUCUGCGAAGAAUGGGGAGGUCAAAAUGUUGAAGAACGAAGAUGUGGCAUCUCACCGCCGCCCCGUAGUCCUCUCCAGCCUGCACCUGGUGUUAUCAGUCUUGCGCCCUCUGUUCGUGGCAAUAUUCCCGCUCGGAAUUUCCCCGAACCUCAAGUGAUGGAUCGAAAAUGGACCCCGGUUUCAAGUGGCGCAACAAGAACCAGUCCACCUGCGCGUCCCAUCUUCUGUCUGCAGCCAGACAUUGCAGGACGGGAUGAGAACGAGGGCUUAAUCGAAUGGGGCGAACUCUUAAAGAUCUGUGAAAAAGUCAAAGUACGCACGAAUGAUGCGAACGCCGCGAGAUCCGAUAGGCAAGAUGCCAAGCCAGAUGAAGGUGAUGGCCACGGUCAAGGACAUACAGGCGACGAGUGUACAGGCUGCUGGAACCGAUACAUCUAUUCUGAAGAUCAACCCGGUGAAGUCGUGACAGUCCUGUCUGCGCCGCCCACAAUGAGCGGCAGCUCUGGAACGAAAGGCCGACCGAGGUCGAAAUCCAAGUCAUCCUCGAGAUUGAGCUUGUCUCUGGGCCACCGAGGCUCGAAGGAGAAGAUUCGCAGCGAGGUGUCGUCGUCGAGGCAUGUGGCGCGUCCGAGAGGGGACAAAGGCGGAUGUGUGUCCGCCUCGGAUUUCUUUUAA